AAAAGAGCGGUGAGAUUAUCAUCUGAAAGAGUGAGUUUACUAGAUUCGAAUGGACACUUAUGUCUGGGAAACUCCUCAAUACCUCGGACCCUUAAAGACGGAAUAGAAAAGAAUCUAUUUGAACUAAACACGACUGUGAUCUACAAGACAAACCCAGAGAAUGUAAUCAUACUGUACGGCUUUGAUAACACAGUUUCACUGGAAGACGUCAAAGACAAGAACUUCACAGUUACGACUCGUGCUCGGUAUAAUGUCACAGUCGUAGAAAACGCAAACUGCACCCAACAGGAAAACCAAGUCAAUGGAACAAUGAUUCAACUGUAUGAAUUUAACCCCAACAAAGCAAGCAAAGCCGGCAUCAAUUUUAAGUUGAUUGUUACUCUCAUCAUGUUGAUAGGAAUGCUUAAUGAGCAUCAUUCUUUAUAA